GAGGGGGAGGGGGAGGAGGAGAUCACGUCCAUCGCUUAUUGGGGACGCCGCGAUGACUGGACUGAACGCGUGUUUACACGCAUCGCCGCGCGCAGACCGCAAACUUUGAUCACGAGGACGCGUUCAGUCACGAUUUGGCGUACACAUAGGCACGCACACACACACACACACACACACACACGGACUACGCUAUAGUGGCCCGCCUAACAUGCGGGGGAAAGUAACGGGGUUCGGCCGAACGGAUUCGCCAAAACAACCGCAGAAGAACGCGUACUGGUAGAAUCCGAAGCGGUUUGAAGACCAACUUGUACGGAGACCUCCGGGCCUGAAGUAGGAUGGCAGUCUCUCGCCCGGCCUCGCCCUGAGGGCAUGUUGGCGAGUGGAUCGUCGCGUCCGUCAUGGAACUGAAGGUCUGGGUGGACGGCGUGCAGCGGAUCGUCUGCGGCGUCACCGAGUUCACCACCUGCCAGGAAGUGGUCAUCGCGCUGGCGCAGGCCAUCGGCCGUACGGGCAGGUACACCCUCAUAGAGCGAUGGCGGGAGUCAGAGCGCCACCUGUCUCCCCACGAGAGCCCGGUGGCGUCGCUGAACACCUGGGGGCAGUACGCCAGCGACGUGCAGCUGGUGCUGCAGCGCACGGGCCCCUCCCUCAGCGAGCGGCCCGGCUCCGAGGGCCCCGCCCGCCUCCCGGAGCGCGGCCUCUACCGCCAGAGCCUCCCGCCGCUGGCCAAGCUCCGCCCCUCGCCCGCCGACCGCUCCCUCCGGCGCCGCGAGCCCAAACGCAAGUCGCUGACCUUCAGCGGGGGGGCGCGCGGGCUCAGGGACAUCUUCGGGAAGAGCCGCGACGCUGAGGGUAAGCACAGCCAGCAGCAGCAGCAGCAGCAGCGCGGGGGGGUCCACCUCAGCCUGACCCGGGUCCAGUACGUGGGGGGCGGGGGCUACGGCUCGCUGCCCCCCAGCCCGGCCCGGGAGCUGGGCCGGCUGGUGCAGCUGCAGCGGGACAAGCUGCAGGCGCUGGACGGCCGGCUGGCGGGCUGCGACGCUGAGCUCCGCGACUGGGAGGAGGCCGCCGGCCAGCCCAACGAGGCGCUGGGGUACGAGGAGGAGCUGCUGCUCCUGCAGCAGCAGCUGCAGCGGAGCGACGCCGAGGCGGAGGAGGAGGAGUUCUGGCUCAACGAGCUGCACAUCGAGCAGGAGAGCGAGCGGCAGCUCCGCCUGCAGCUGGGCGAGCUGCAGAGCCGCGUGCACGAGGUCACCGGCCGGCUGCUGGAGUACCUGGCCCGCGUGCAGACCAUGGAGGCGGGGCUCGAGCAGACGAGACUGCAGCAGGAGGCGGAGCUUAACCAGCAGGCCAAUGAGGAAGAGGUGCAGGCCCAGCUGUGCCGGGUGCGGACGGAGCUGGAGCAGCAGAGCCAGCAGAGCUCCCGUCUGGAGAACAGCUGUCGGGCGCUGGAGCGAUCGUUGGGCCAGUCGUCCAAGAGGCUGCAGGACCAGGACCAGGAGCUGGAGCAGCUCACCAAGGAGCUGCGUCAGGUCAACCUGCAGCAGUUCAUCCAGCAGACGGGCACCAAGGUCACCGUGCUGCCGGCCGAGCCCGGGGACGAGGACCGCGAGGCGGAGCCCGGCUCCCUGAGGCGGCUCGGCUCGGCCCGCCUGCUGCCCAGCGACCUCCGCGACCUCCAGGGCCCCGCCUCCUCCAGCCUCAACCCCGAGGGCAUCUACGUCUGAGCCGCCCCCUCGGCCCUGCCCCCCUACAGGGCUCCAGGGGCCCCCGGGGGGGGGGGGGGGGGGGGCAGGAGCAGCUUCCACCCCCCUACGUACGAAGGGAAGGUUGACCCCCCGCCAUGCCUCGGAGGGGGGCUCUUCAGUACUGCUGCCGGGGGCUCUGGGGCGAGACGCCGGAGGGGUUCCAGUGCCUGAGGCCGGGCGGAGGCUCGGACUACGUCCUAAACCCAGAAGACGAAAUCAGUGAAACGUUCUGUUUUUAUUUAGAUUAACCUUCACACAUCCCAGCUCUGCGACAGCGACGCAGAAUAACAACGAGGAUAACGCAAACUCCUCCGGGCCUCCACCUCUCUCAGCGUCAGCCCCAAACAACGCGCGACCCCCUGAUGUAUAGGGGGUCCCCUACAAUGUCUCAAAACAAAAGGCUGCUUUUGAUCUGAGACCCCCAACACGGACUGGACUGCUGUGAGGGACCACCCUGGGGGGGGGUGAGGGGGGGUUGGUCCAUACUGAAGGAGACGAAGGGAAGUGUUGAGAUUAUUGAUGGGGUGGGAAAGUUGUGUCAUGUUGCCACACACACACACACACACACACACACACACACACACACACACACACACACACACACACACACACACACACACACACACACACACUCUUUAAUGAAAUAAUAGCCAUAUAUGAUUGCCUUACUCUGGUUGAGGGUAUUUCUGUCCCAUGUAAACCAGAGGUCAGUUUAAUUUUGAUUUUACUCUUCUAACAGAUGGUCGCCUAAAGCUAUGGUUCCUUGAAUAGAUUUUUCUAUUCAAUUUGCCAUUCAGCUAUUAGUCAUUGAUGAAAUUGUUGCCAAUAGUUGGUAAUCAAUAGUCAGAGCUACAGAUGUCCAGUAAAUCAUUGAAUAAUUACUACUUAUUUUUUCAGACUAUGGGGAUUGGUUUCAUGUUUACAAAUAUGCAGCGAGCGUUCAUAACUAAUCUCUUCUGCUUGUUUAAACCUAACCUAAACCCUCUCCUACGAGUAUGCUAAAAUGAACUGCUAGAAGCUAUAAACUGAUUUCACGAGGCAUAAUUAAGUAUUAACCUUUUUUAAGAUUGUACAUUAUUUUUGAAUAAGUGAAUGAGAUCCUCCCAGUCCAUGUAAUGAAUUAACCGCUUUCACACUAACUUUUCAUGAGAUUAUUUCAGUUAUCGUAUUGCCUACAACGUCCUAGUUUCACCACUAGAUGGCGGCAAGGUCAACAUUAUUUAUGGGGGCUAACCGCUAACCGUCGUCCUUCUGCCUCAACUGUGUCGCAUCACUCGUUUCAUUAUUUAACACAAUCGUUAUCGUUUUGUACAGAUACUAACAUACAAGCACUUUAACUCUUCAAUGAACCGUUUUAAGAAAUGUCCCUCACACACAUUCACUACUAUUUUGUUCUUAAAACGGUGCCAGAGUUUAUCAUCCUUUGCCCUAAUCUAUCCUCUUUUUAAUGAAGAAGCUGUGCUCUCUGUUCUGUUUAUUAAUAAUUUCUCUACAACUGAAGAUGUCUCAUACGAACCAAAGCCGAUGAUGUGUCAAAUAUAUAGUAGCAUUAACAUGAAUGUAAUGUUUUCUUAGGAAUGCAGGAUAUACACACGCUAGUCUGUAGUACUGUAGCAGACCUAUUCAGCACGCUUUAGGGUUUGUUUUAGCCUUUAUAAGACGGAUGGAUGGACGAGGCGGUCAUGGAAUACAUCAUUUCGCCUGUGUUUAAAUUGAUAGUCUUUGUGACUGAGCAGAUUUUGUACCCGCUUCAACACCGUGGGGUUAAAAACAAACUAUACAGUCGAGUUGUUUUCCCCAAGGUGUCUUUGAAAUGCUAAUCUCUCAACAAGGGGCGAAGAGAAGAUACUUGCUGUUGCAUUCUGGGAUUACAACAACACCACCAUUCUUAAGGAGGAGAGGCAGGGGGGCGUGAACAAAUAGAGAACGAGUUCCCGCCAAACAGAGACUUCUCCACCGCCUGCUCUCACCCCUCGAACAGGAUUUGAAUAACAAUGGCAUGCCUUACGGAUCGAACUGAACUGUAAAUACUAGCGUCUACACAUCACCGCUUUCUAUCAAAUAUCUUUUUUGUUUGUUUUGGUUUUGUUUAUAAGAAAAUCGUUGGGCCGUCGGUGAGGUUGAAAUUGAAAGCUGUGGGCCGACGCGAUCGUUUUUGUGUGCGUGUGUCGUAGCCUACACGGCGGUUGUUUUAGGACCUAAAGGGCUGAUAAUGGUUCCACGUCGACGCAACGCAAGGGGCUUUACGGACCCUUUACGUCUUGCGGACCCUCCUUGCGUUCAACGCAAGGGCCUGACGUGCGCCUCACAAAAAUCAUAACCUUGCGUCGAGGCGACGCAGCAGCAAGGGCUGUGAUUGGUCUGCUAACUAAAACCUGACGCAGAACCAAGACAGGUUCACGACUGCGUUGAAGCGUCUGCGUGGUCCUUGCGUUGCGUCGACGUGGAACCUACACAAAGACGGGCAGCAGGAUGCGGCUUAAUGGUCGAGGUCCGGUCGGGCUACAGUCGGCUCUAUUGUAGUAACGUUAAUUAUGCAUUAACUGUUGCCAAGAUGUCCACAAUGCAGUGAAACCUUUUUUCGUUUUGGUAAACAUUGAAACAAUGGCUCAAGGUGACGAAUAUCAGGUUAAAAUAUCCAUCAGUUAUUAUAUAAAGCUUUGAGCUGUGCUGUGAUAAAAUGUUAGUUACAAAUGAUGACGAUGCCAUUGUUGACUCGGAUAUAUUUUUUAAACUUGGAAGUUCUGCUGAAGUUAAAGCAGAUCUGUCCCCACUUUUUGAUUUAAGUAAUUCAACCAAACGUCAAAAAACAAUAUAAAAUUGUAUAGGCUAUAUACUGUAGCAUAGACAGAAUUAGUUUUAGCAAUGACGUACGAUUUCUGCAUUAACUCAUACACCUGUUUGAGAUGUUAUCAGGUUAAUAUUAAUAACCUAAUUUUAAUAUCAUUUGACGGACUGUAUACUGUAAAAUUGUCAAGUUCACACAUCUUGGCCAGCAUUAAUAACUCCAUUGCAUCAUGAAGAAUGUGACAUGACUUAUAUUUAUAAUGUUUAUUUUUAUCCUGUAAUGUACAUACCAUGAUUGUAGUUGAGAGCAGAAUGAAGUAGGCCUCUCUUUCUCCAUGAACUACAACAGGUCAGUGUAAUAUAACUAAAUAAAAGUUCUGUCAAUUGCAUUUUAUAAAACAUGAAAAAAUAAAAUAAGAACAAAGAUGACAAA